AUGGGUUCGAAUGUUUCCACCAACCAACGAGAGAAAUUUCCCAUUUACAAACUCGAACAACAGGUAUUAGACCUAGAAAGACAAGUCCUAAAGCACAAGGAACUUCAAAUCACAUUGAAGAGAAGGAUGGAAAGAACACAAGAUUAUUUGAGACACUGUCUUCAAAUAGCACAAGAAAAUGGAUUCUUAGACCUUAUUUGCCAAAACAAAGAUCCUCCUCCUCCUCGGACCCCUUGUUCGCAACACCACUCCGAACUAGUUGCCCUAGUUGAUACAGCAAAUCGAAACGGAUGGUACAUCGCUCCAAAUGAGAUUGAAUUUCAUGAGAAAAUAGGGCAAGGAAGUACGGCCGAUAUUUACAGAGGAACAUGGCGAGGGUGCCACGUGGCAGUGAAGUGCAUAAACCCACACUUCUUCACCUCAAACGACAAGGCCGUGACCUUCUUCGCGCAAGAGCUUGAGACCUUAGCUCGGCAACGACACCGUUUCGUGCUGCAACUGAUGGGCGCGUGUCUCGACCCGCCGAACCACGCGUGGGCCGUGACCGAGCUGCUGGGGAUGACUCUUGAGGAGUGGCUCCAUGGACCCGGGGGAAGGCCCAAACGGAUGAUGACGAUAAGAGCUGAUGGGCCUGUUCCUCCAUUGGGCCUGAGACUGACUAGGGCCCUGGAAAUAGCCCAGGCCAUGCAGUAUCUCCAUGAGCAAAGGCCCAAGGUGGUUCAUAGAGAUCUGAAGCCCAGUAAUAUUUUUCUGGACGAUGCUUUGCAUGUGAGAGUUGCAGAUUUUGGUCAUGCCAUGUUCUUAUACGAUCAAGAGAUGGCCCUCUCUGGUGAUACAGGAACUUAUGUGUAUAUGGCCCCAGAGAUUAUAAAGUGUGAGCCAUAUAAUGAAAAAUGUGAUGUUUAUAGCUUUGGUGUUAUUAUGAAUGAGCUCAUGACUGGGGAAUAUCCCUACAUCCAAAUCGACUAUGGUCCCCCUAAGAUCGCCAUGGAAGUAGUAGAAAGCGAUCUAAGGCCAAGACUACCUGAAGAUGAAAAUGGGGCACUUAGAGAAGUUAUUGAGUUGAUUUGCCUAUCAUGGAAUGGAGACCCUUCUAAAAGGCCAUCCUUUGCUACAAUCACUUGCCUUCUUAAAAAGAUUAUUAUUCAAAACACAAUUAUGGAAAGUACUAUUCUUGAUUGA